GUUCUCUCUCUCUCUCUCUCUCUCUCUCUCUGCAUCUCGCUCGCUCGCUCUGGUUCUCUCCCUCUCUCUCUCUCUGAGCGAAUUAGGGUUUUCUGAUCUUGUUCCGCGGUGCUUCGUUUCCACGUUCGAGCUCACCGGAUCAAGAUUCUGCGCUCUGUAGUUUGGUUGGAUAGUCAACCAUAGAGCCCAAACAAAAUUGUUGACGUAUUGACGUAUAUGGUUUUAUUUGUUACAUAAGAAUGUGCGGUGGUGCUAUCUGAGUGCUGUCUACAAUUUGCUAAAUCAUCAUACUGAGUGAUUGAUUGCCUAUGGUUACUUUGUGGUCAAUGAGCAUCUCCUGGUAUUACUUUGGAAGCUGUUUUUAUUAUUCUCCUUAAUAUUGGAAAGCGUAUACGCUACAAGAGGAUUCUUCGUAUCCAUGCUGGCUGAGAGCAUGCGUGGAAUCUGUGCUUCGGGUAAUGCCCCAGACGAGAUUUGCUGCCGAUGCAUUCGGUGUGGUGACAAUUUGUCUAGUUGUGGUCUUGAUUCUACUUGGUUUGCUAUGCAUCAUUUACUCAUUUUACUUCCGGUCUCGGAUUCGUAGCCAAGGUUGUAUUCAACUCAGUUAUUUUAGUGGUCCUUGGAUCAUUCGAAUUACAUUCAUAUUGUUUGUGAUCUGGUGGGGUUUUGGUGAGGUAAUUCGGUUAAGUUUGUGGAGACGUGCCCUUGACCUGAAAUGGCAGGAAACUAUUUGCAAAUGCUACAUUGUCUCGAAUCUAGGGUUUGCAGAACCUUGCCUCUUCCUGACCCUUGCAUUUCUCCUUCGUGCACCCUUACAGGAGAUGGAGUUGGGAAUUCUAAGCCGAAGAUGGAAUGGGAAAACAGCAGGCUAUGUUCUUCUUUACUGCCUCCCAAUGUUCGUUCUUCAGCUCUUUGUUAUUUUUAUUGGGUCUGAGAAGACUCACCCGGUAAAGCUGCGUCCUUAUUUUAUGAGUACGGCUGCAAAAACGGAAGAUAUUGCCCUCUGCACUUACCCCUUACUGAGUACUAUAUUCCUAGGAAUUUUUGCCACGAUCCUUACUGCCUACUUGUUUUGGCUUGGAAGUCAGAUUUUGAAACUGGUCAUCAAUAGGGGUUUGCAGAAGAGAGUUUACACAUUGAUAUUCUCUGUUUCGAGUUUCCUACCGUUAAGGGUUCUUUUACUUGGUUUAUCUGUUUUGUCUAAACCAGAGGAUUUUCUAUUUGAAGCUCUUGUUUUGUUGGCUUUUCUUGCCCUUUUAUGUUUUGCUGGGAUGUGUAUAUGCAUACUUGUGUACUACCCAGUGGCAGAUUCUUUAGCCCUGGGAAAUCUACAGGACAUGGAGGCGGCUAGGAGAAGGGUUGAUGAUGAUCUCAAUGAUACCAUUUCUCUUAUCGCUAACCAGAGCCAUCUGGAAGAAAGCGGUCGAAUUAGUCCCAGCAGAAAUUCUGAUGCGUCAACAAAGCGUGGAUCUAUUUCUUUUCGGACUCUUGACAAAGAUGGGACUUCAACAGGGACAUUCGUAGAGCUCAGUCUCUUCUCUCCUAGUCGAGAUGCAACCCCACCAGGAUCACCGCCGCUUCUUGGCUGGCCUAUGCGUCCUCCUGCACGAGUUCCUUGACCGUAAAUGCAAGGGAGAAAGAAACAUAUCAGUCUUUGGUGAAUAUCAAUUUUGUGGGAAAGAAAAACUGAUUGUAAAGGGUGUAGCUGCAAUAAGGAUUUUUAGUUCUUGGUUUGUUUUCUAAUUUUAGAUAUGAUGGUUUUGCUUGGAGGAAUUCUAUCAUCUGUGUUUCUAUUUUUGUACCAUUUCUAUUAACCAAUUUUCAUUUCCA